AUGUCUGCUUGUUGUCACGACGUGGCCCGUCUCAUCUUCACGAUGGGUCUGGCCGCAAUCGCAUAUGGUGCGGUGUUCGGUUUUCUUCCCAGGAGUGCUGAUACUGUUAAAAAUAUGGUUGAGUGCGUAGCCAAGAAUCCCAAGGGUUUUAUCGAUUGUGUGAAGGGCAAUGGCAAUGGUGGCAGUGGUGGUACUAACAGUGUCAAGAACCCCCUUUUGAUCAACAUCCUGUUCAUCGUGAUGGUCACUUUCGGUUGUGUCUUCCUCGUUCUCGCCAUCGUCUUUAUUAUCCUGAACUGCUGCUGCUGCCACGGAAGCUCCUGUCUUGCCAUUCUUGAGAAUAUCAUGCUCGGCCUAGCACUUCCGGCCCUCCUCGAUGGGGUUUGUUACAUCGGUUCGGUGUUGCUCUUGAAGAUUGGUGCUAUAAGUAAUAAUAACCUAGCUAAGAACGCACUUAAUAUUGCCGGUACCUACUCUGGGUACGUGGGCGUUUCCCUGGCCGCCGCGUGGCUGAUAACGUGCCUCAUAGGGCCUGUCAUGACCCGUAACAACUCGACGUGCUUGAAAAUAGUUUGCAUGGUCAUCGGGCUGGCUGUCGCAGCUGGUGUAUACUGUGCUGUGGUGCUCGUUGAUCCCAAGAAGGUUCCAAAUCUUAAUACCGGCACUACCAAUGGUACUACCCCUACUGGUAUCAAGGAGCGGUUAUACCCCGCCCUCAUUGUCGCGGCGUUUGUCGCCGCAGAUUAUGUACUUAUGUUCUUCCUGUGCACAUGCAUAACUUCCGGCGGCUGCUGCAGGAAGUCUGACUAA